CUCAAAGAAAUAAACCGAAGAAAGAAAAGUAACAAGUAAAAUACUGUCUGAAACCUAAGAAACACAUAAUAUAAAAGAACACAAGUACAAUUCAAUCUUUACUUCCUCUUCUUCUUCUUCUUCUUCAAAACUCCAUAACCCACAACCAUAUACACACAGUAAAUAGGAAGAAGAAGAAGAAAAUAAAGUUUCAUGAAACCAGAAGGCAUGGUUUCCAUUUCCAUGCAUUCUUUAGACUACCCAUAUCAAAAAAUUAUCUUCUUUACCUUCAACAUCAUUUCUUUCUUCAUAUCUCCCACACUGUCCGAUCCUCGCAUAACACAAGCUAACCUUUCAUGUGGCAAAACAGCCAAAACACCAAUCACACCAACUGGCCUAAUCCCAACUUUUGUUAAAGAAAUGGAAACUUUAUCACAACUCAUUACUAAUAGCCACUUUGCUACCUACCAUUUAAACUCCUCACUUCCUAUGUACGUAUUAGCUCAAUGCCAUCAAGACCUUUCCCAGACUGAUUGUCUCCUUUGCUACGCCGUCUCUCGGACUAAAAUCCCUCGUUGUUUGCCUUCUGUCUCUGCUCGUAUCUUUCUUGAUGGUUGCUUUCUUAGAUAUGACAAUUACAACUUCUUCGAAGAAUCUGUUUCGGUUUCUUUUGAUGAAGUAAAGUGCAGCCAAGAAAAUGUUUCGGGUUCUAAUGGUGAGAAUGACAAGCUAAGGUUUGUAAAGAGUGUUGAGCAUGCUAUUGGUAAUGUGAGUAGUAAAGCGGUGGAGAAUGGCGGGUUUGGUGUUGUUGGGAUUGAAGGUGUUUAUGCUUUGGCUCAAUGUUGGGAAAGUGUUGGUAAAGAUGGGUGUAGAGAGUGCUUGAGAAAGGCAGGGAAAGAAGUAAAAGGAUGCGGAGCUAAAAAGGAAGGGAGAGGAUUAAACGCUGGUUGCUACUUGAGAUACUCGACUGAAAGAUUUUAUAAUGUUGGAGGGGAAUUAGAAGCUGGUCACAGUAAUUUCAGGGUUUAGCAAUUGCAUUUAGUAGUUUUAGCAGCAGCUGCAGUCCUCAUGCUGUCAAUCUUCGCAGUUUAUGCUGUCUAUGUAAGACGGAUGAAGAACAAAGCAGAGCGCAUCAAUCUCGAAAAGAUAUCAAUCAAUUUCAGCAAAACAAGCCUGAAUUUCAAGUAUGAGACCCUCGAAAAGGCGACAGAUUACUUCAAUGCCUCAAGAAAAAUAGGCCAAGGAGGAGCUGGUUCUGUAUAUGCGGGAACUCUUCCAAAUGGGGAAACUGUUGCUGUUAAAAGAUUGACUUUCAACACAAGUAAGUUAAACUUAAUCAGCGGAAUCUUCAAUCUUGAUUUGGGUACUGAAGGUCCUGAGAGUCUUCUGGUUUAUGAGUAUGUUCCUAACAAGAGCCUCGACCAGUUCAUUUUUGGAAAGGAUAAACCUACAACUCUAAAUUGGAAGCAACGGUUUGAUAUAAUUGUAGGAACAGCAGAAGGACUUGCAUAUCUCCAUGGAGGUUCUCAAGAGAGAAUAAUUCACAGAGAUAUUAAAAGCAGUAAUGUUCUUCUUGAUGAGGACUUCACUCCAAAGAUUGCGGACUUUGGACUUGUUCGAUGUUUUGGUGCUGAUAAGAGCCAUCUUAGCACUGGAAUUGCAGGAACAAUGGGAUACAUGGCGCCCGAGUAUCUGAUCCGUGGGCAGCUUACUGAAAAAGCAGAUGUUUAUAGUUUCGGAGUACUUGUUCUAGAGAUUGUAAUGGGUAAAAGGUGUAAUGCUUUCACAGAAGACUCAAAAUCCCUUCUACAAACAGUAUGGCAACUUUACAGAUUAAAUAGAUUGGUUGAAGCAGCUGAUCCUAGCCUAAGAGAUGAUUUUUCAGCAGAAGAAGUGUCGAGAGUGCUUCAAACAGGACUUUUAUGCACACAAGCUUCAGUUGCCCUAAGACCAUCGAUGGCAGAAGUGGUUGUGAUGCUAACUAACAGUGGUGGUGAAAUCCCUUUGCCAAGCCAACCUCCUUUUAUGAAUGCUACUUCACUAGAGCCUGAAAGCUCAAGAAGAUCUUACAGCACAAGCAGUUUUGUGUCGAAUGCAGCAAGAAAACUUGAAGCUUAUUCCUACACUUCCACUGAGUCCUCUAGUAUGCAAAGCUCAGACAGGGCAUCAAGAAGUGAAGAAUCAAAGCAAAAUUAAAUUCCCUAGUAAAUUUUCCCAAUGUUCUUAGAGAUUACCAAGUAGAGAAACUUGUUUUGUACACUAGUUUUUGAGGUUUGCUUGGUUUUUCGUGGAGGAUAAACAGUGAUUUUUAGCUCCUUUCCUUGUGGAAGUUCUAUCACCUGAGAGAUUGCAAUUUGCAAGCAAGGACAUGCAACCUUUUGCAUAAAUCCAGAGAGAUACUGCAGAAAACUAAUGAAGAUUUACAGAAAGAGACAAGCUUGUCUUCUUUUCAUUUAUCCUUUUUUUUCUUUUCUUUCACUUUUUUCAAUGGUGUCAUUUUGUAUGCAGCAACUUAUGAUAUGUACGUAUGUACAUAAUUUUGCUCU